AUAUGUCAUAAUACUCACAAGUCAAGAAAAAGAAACACCAUUUGCAAAAAAAACAGAAGAAAAUGGCUCCAAUUUUGAAUGGUGAGGUAGACAUUGUGAUACCAACCAUAAGAAGCUUGGACUUCUUGGAAAAUUGGAGGCCAUUCUUUGAGCCAUACCAUUUGAUCAUUAUCCAAGAUGGAGAUCCUACCAAGGUGAUUAAGGUCCCUCAGGGCUUCGAUUAUGAGCUCUACAAUCGCGAUGAUAUCAACAGGAUUCUUGGUCCUAAGGCUAGUUGCAUCUCUUUCAAGGAUGGUGCUUGUCGUUGCUUCGGGUUCUUGGUUUCCAAGAAGAAGUUCAUUUACACCAUUGAUGAUGAUUGCUUUGUGGCAAAGGAUCCAAGUGGGAAAGAUAUUGAUGCAUUGGCACAACAUCUUGACAAUCUGACAAAACCAGCCACACCCUACUUCUUCAACACUCUGUAUGAUCCGUACAGAGAAGGCGCUGAUUUCGUCCGAGGGUAUCCAUUUAGCUUGAGGGAAGGUGUGCCAACUGCUGUUUCCCAUGGCCUUUGGCUUAACAUCCCUGAUUAUGAUGCCCCUACUCAGCUUGUCAAGCCUCGCGAGCGUAAUACCAGGUAUGUGGAUGCUGUGAUGACAAUCCCCAAAGGGACUCUCUAUCCCAUGUGUGCUAUGAAUCUUGCAUUUAACAGAGAACUUGUUGGUCCUGCUAUGUAUUUUGGGAUUAUGGGUGAUGGCCAACCUCUUGGCAGAUAUGAUGAUAUGUGGGCUGGUUGGUGUUCCAAGGUGGUGUGUGAUCAUUUGGGCUACGGAGUGAAGACAGGGUUGCCAUACCUGUGGCACAGUAAGGCUAGCAAUCCAUUUGUGAAUUUGAAGAAGGAAUUCAAAGGGUUGUUUUGGCAAGAAGAGAUGAUUCCCUUCUUCCAAUCUGUUGUCUUACCAAAGGAAUGCACUAAUGCUCAACAAUGCUACCUUGAGCUGGCUAAGAUGGUGAAGGAAAAGCUUGGUCCAAUUGAUCCCUAUUUCCACAAUUUUGCUGCUGCUAUGGUCACUUGGAUUGAGGCUUGGGAAGAAUUCAAUGCACCAGCAAAGGCCAAGAUUGACUCUUUGAAAUCUGCUUAGACACCAAGUUCAUUUAGUUUCUUGAUGUUGAUCUCGAAACUUUAUUACUAUCGCUUUGAUUCAGUUCAGUUCUGUUUUUGGUUUUUUGUUUUCAAAUAAAAAACCUUUUCUUAGUCAGUGUACUAGGAAAUGAGUUUCAACAGCAGCAGGUUAGUUGUAGGCUUGUAGCCAUGUUUACCUCUCCUGUUUUGCUUAAGAAUAAACAUUGAAUUUACUUUUUA